UGUAUAUAAAUGAAGGUGUAAAGUGGUAGAUGGACAAUACAGAGAUAUCUAUAGAGUUGGUUUCUCAUUUCCUUUUCAUUUUUUUCUCCAUGGCUUUCUUCAAUGCAAAAAAUACCAAACCUUUUCUGGCUCCCAUAUUCCUACUUGGUUUCUUCUUCAUAUCUGGCCUGGAAUUAACAGGUGCACAAUCCGUCGGUGUAUGCAAUGGACGACUUGGCAACAAUCUACCUUCUGAUGGAGAAGUAGUAGCUCUAUACAAAAGCAGUGGCAUUGGAAGGAUGCGCAUCUAUGAACCAUAUCCAUCAACUCUCGACGCCCUCAGAGGAUCAAACAUAGAACUCAUCAUCGGCAUCCUUAACAGCAACCUUCAAGGCCUCACCGACGCUGCGGCCGCAACCACCUGGGUCCAGAACAACAUAAGAAACUACUGGCCGGAUGUCAAGUUCAAAUACAUUGCUGUCGGGAACGAAGUGCAUCCUGGUGAUUCUGAAGCCCAGUAUGUUCAACCCGCCAUGCAAAACAUCCUUAAUGCCAUUACAGCUGCCAAUUUGCAAGACCAAAUAAAGGUGACGACAGCUAUAGACACAACUUUGUUGGGCAACUCUUUUCCUCCAUCAGCAGGCUCAUUCAGCGACAGUGCAAGUUCAUACAUAACACCAAUUAUCAACUUUUUGAACAACAAUGGAGCACCCCUUCUAGUAAACGUGUAUCCCUACUUCAGCUAUACUGGAAACCCUUCACAGAUCUCCCUUCCCUAUGCCUUAUUUACUUCACCAGGUGUUGUGGUGCAAGAUGGUAGUCUUGGAUACCAAAAUCUCUUUGAUGCAUUGCUGGAUGCUCACUACUCUGCUCUCGAGAAAGCCGGCGUGCCUAACUUGAAGAUUGUCGUAUCGGAGAGCGGCUGGCCGUCCGAAGGCGGUGAUGCAGCUAGCGUCGAUAACGCAGGGACUUACUACAACAAUUUGAUUAAUCAUGUGAAGGGUGGGACUCCAAAGAAGCAGGGACAAGCAAUAGAAGCUUACUUGUUUGCCAUGUUUGAUGAAAACCAAAAGGGUGGUGCAGCAAUUGAGCAACAUUUUGGUCUCUUCCUACCUAACAAACAACCCAAGUACCAAAUCAGUACUUUUGGUUAAUUAUAGAAGUGAUCAUAGCCAUGCAUGUUAGCUUAAAUAAGAGUGCCUUGAGCCCAUGUAUCCAUGCAUGUUAGCUUAAAUAAGAGUGCCUUGAGCCCAUGUAUCCAUGCACUCUACAAUAUUAAUAACUCUUCUAAUAAACAUGUUUAUGAAUUCAUGUGACAUAAAUGAAGAUUUUCCUUUUCCCCA